AUGAUGAGAGUGAAUACGGUUACCGGGGUCCCUAANGGCACGCUCUCCGGCGGCGCCGCGCUCAAGGGCGGGUCGGUGCUGCUGCAGCUGCAGGAGCUGAAGCAGCUGGAGCAGCAGGUGCAGGCGGCCGAGGCGCGGCUGGCGCAGCUCACGGAGGAGCUGGGCUGCGCGCAGCAGGCUGCCGAGAGCUACGCCGCUAUACAACAAAAGUGCGAGGCGGCGCGGCUGGGCGCGCGCGCGGCGGCGGCGCGGCUGGGCGGCACGGCGCGCGCGCAGCUGCACGCCGAGAUCCAGGCUCUGCGCGCGCAGGCGGCCCAGCUCGCGGCGGCGCUGGAGCAGGACGAGCUCGUGCAGGACGAAGCGGCCGGCAGGGCCCGCGACCUGGAGGCCAAGCUUAAGGACAUCAAGGGACACCGAGAGAGAGAAUAUAAGAAAGCAGAAGAGGCAUUGAAGAAAGCAAAGCGAGACGUGGAGGUGCACGGCGGCGCGUGGAAGCUGCGCGAGCAGGAGCUGGAGACCCUGCGGCUGGAGGCGGCGGAGCUGCAGCGCGGCGCCGCGGCCGCACGACACCAGCUGCACGACCACGCGCGCGCCGCUGCCGACCUGGCACGCGCACUGCACGACGCCGCGCGCAGCCGGGACCACGCGCAGGAAGCAGUGAAGGAGAUGCAGGCGCGAAUAAAACAUCAGAAAACGGAGAUCGCGGGCCGGAGCACCGACAUAUCCCGCCUCGUGCAGCAGAAGGAGCGCCUGGCCAAGAGCAGCAGCGAGCUGGAGCUCGGCGUCAAGGAGCUGGACUACCGCAUCAAGGAGCUGCAGACUGAGGCUCUCGAUUGUCAGAAGAAGAUUAGGCAACUGGAGUCGGAGAACCCGUGGAUCCCGUCGGAGCGGCAGUACUUCGGCGCGCCGGGCGGCCUCUACGACUUCGAGGGUCGGCAGGCGCACGUGGCCGCCAGCCGCCUGCACCAGCUCGCCGAGCGCAGGGACCGCCUCGCGCGAGGACUCAACGCCAGGGCGCACACGCUGCUCGGCAAGGAGGAGGACCAGUACCAAGACGUCAUGAGGAAGAAGCAGAUCGUGGAGGCGGACAGAGCCAAGUUGGUGCAGGUCAUGGCGGAGCUGGACGAGAAGAAGAAGAAGACGUUAGUGACGGCCUGCGAGCAAGUCAACCGGGACUUCGGGUCCAUCUUCAGCACCCUGCUGCCCGGCGCGCAGGCCAAGCUGCAGCCGCCCGACGGACUCUCCGUGCUGGACGGGCUCGAGGUGAAGGUGGGGUUCAACAUGACGUGGAAGGAGUCCCUGGGCGAACUGUCGGGCGGGCAGCGCUCGCUGGUGGCGCUGGCGCUGGUGCUGGCGAUGCUGCUGUUCAAGCCGGCGCCGCUGUACAUCCUGGACGAGGUGGACGCGGCGCUGGACCUGUCGCACACGCAGAACAUCGGCAUCAUGCUCAAGGAACACUUCCGACACUCGCAGUUCAUCAUCGUGUCGCUGAAGGACGGCAUGUUCAACAACGCCAACGUUCUGUUCCGCACCCGCUUCGUGGACGGCAUGUCCUCCGUGCAGCGCACCGCCGCGCGACGCUAGCCGCCAUACGUACGCGCCGAUAUACAACCAUAUAACUAGAUUUAAUUCAUUCAUAUCUUAAGGUAAUUUUAUCACUAGUUACGGCCACUCAAAGUUUAUUUUAGUUACAAAAAUUAUUAACGUUACCCCAGCUAACCUUACCUCGCCCCGGGACAAACGUACCUUUCCCGCGGGGACGAGGCGCCCGGGAUAAGAACUACUACUAAUGAACUUAAUUUUAAGCCACAUUCCAAUUUCAAUAAUUUUUAAAGAAUUUUUAAAUUAGUCAAAGCUGCUGUACUUCGCAGAUAUGUUAUCUGUGCGGCGACUCAUAAUCUCAGUAAAAUUAUAAAUUAUUAUUAAGUCGAUGUCUAGUUUUUAUUUUGUUAUUAAAAUUAAAUAUGUGUA